GAGUUGCCCACCCCCGACCUCAUCCUCUCAGAAGUCCUCACUAAAUAUUUGUACCACUACUUAAUUCAGCUCAAGCGCUUACAAAGACAACAAAAAAAGAUCAAAAGGAAAGAAACAAGUCCCAGGUUGGACAACCAGGGGUUAAAAAAAAAAAAAAAUGGAGGCCACCACUUUGACUGGCACCUGCGCCUGCGAGCACAUAACCUACACGGCGAGCGCCCUGCCCACGAAACUAACAAACUGCCAUUGCAUAACCUGCCGCAAACAAUCCGGCGGACCCUACCAAACCUGGGCAUUCUUUUCUGCGACGAGCAUCACUUGGACCCACGAGGCACCGACACAGCGGCGAUCUAGCGAUUUCGCUACGCGUGGGUUCUGUCCCCAGUGUGGAUCGAGUGUCAGUAUGGUGUAUGACUCGGAGCCGGGGGGACUGUACAUCGCCGCGGGCACCAUCGAUGAUUUCGACAGGGUGGUUCCGAAGCCCUGUGCGCAUUUCUUUGUGAAGGAGAAGGCGGCGUGGUUUCAGUUGCCGAAUGAUGGGUUUGUGAGGUUUAGUGAUGGAGCUAAUCGGGGAAGGCGUUGACAUUGCUGGGCGUGGAGUUGUUGGAUAGUAUGGAUACAUGGAGUUUGGGCUGAUUAGGGCAUGUUUUGAGUGUAUAUACCUAUUUGCUUAUCACAUGAUUCAUCCACUACGCAGGUCACAGACACGGUAGAACAUCAUAAUCAGAUCCGAGAGGAAUCUCGAGC